AUGGUUUCACCACGAAAGUUAAGAUCAAAAGAUACAACUAAUAACAAUAGUACAUUACUAUAUGACUUCGAUAAUAUAAAUGAAUACAUAAGCAACGAUAAACCAAUUGGUAUAACUAAAAAAGCAUCAGAUAAUCAUUAUUCAUGGUUUGGUAUCAUGAACAAACCACUCCCAACUAAACAAAUAGACAUCAUUGAGAUAGAUCAAAUUCUUCCACGACGAGUUCAAAUCGACCCCCUUCCUUCCUCAAAAUAUGAAAUAUUUCAUCGUAAAAUGAGAAAAGAUGAGAAACAAAUGAUAAAUGAAGAAAAAGAUCGUAAUUUCUAUGAAUUGGAUAUAUUGACAUCUGAACUUCAGACUUUAAAUCAAUAUAAUUGGGAAAAACGACUUUGUCAAAUAACGAAAGUUAAUGAUCCAAGAGAUACGUCUGAAUUAGAAUUGAAGAAGCAACUAACUAUAAAUGAAAUUGAAAAAAUAUUGAGGAAGCUGGAGAAUUGGAGAAAGAGGAAUGAUUUAUUCAAUAAUAAGUUUAAAAAUUAUGUCCGUAAGGAAACUGAUGAAUCUGAUGAAGAUUAUGAUUUACCAUUAGAAGAAGUGAAAUUGAAGAGAAAGAAUGAAAGAAGAUUGAAAUAUGGACCUAAAGUUAAAUUAAAUCUUGGUAAUGAUUUAUGUUUAAUUAUUGAUCCAUUUGGUAUUCCUAAAAUCGUUAAAGGUCAUGCUGCUAUAACUAAGUCAAAAACUCAAUCUCCAAGGAAGAUAGUUAGGGAAAUGCCUAAACUGAAACCUAAAGAAGUUAUUAAGAAAGAAGUUCAUGUUCCAAUUGAAUCUUUCAAACAAAAAUCAAUCAAAUUGGAAAAUGUUACAAAGGAUAUGAAAAUUGAUUUUAAAAAUUCUGGAGAUGAAGUUUUAUUUGGAACCUUGUCUAAUAAUCUACCUACUUUCGCAAAUGGUUUUCAAUUACCAUUGAAUGUUAGAAGAGCUAAAAAGUGA